GUCGGCUAUCGAUAGCAGCUCUGACAGGUCUCCACUAUCGCGAGCUGUCAACGAGCCAAAAGUCUCCACCUUCUUUUCGGUGUCAAAAACUAGACUAUCAAGAUGGGUCGUAUGCACGCUCCUGGCAAGGGUAUUUCCCAAUCAGCGCUCCCCUACCGCCGUACCGUCCCAUCGUGGCUGAAACUGAACUCCGACGAUGUUAAGGACCAGAUCAAGAAGCUGGGAAAGAAGGGUCUGACGCCCUCCAAGAUCGGCAUCAUUCUGCGUGACUCGCACGGAGUCGCCCAGGUGCGUUUCGUGAAUGGAAACAAGAUCCUGCGCAUCAUGAAGUCGGUGGGCCUGAAGCCCGACAUUCCCGAGGAUCUGUACCACAUGAUCAAGAAGGCUGUGGCCAUCCGCAAGCAUUUGGAGCGCAACCGCAAGGACAAGGAUGGCAAGUUCCGUCUGAUUCUGGUCGAGUCCAGGAUUCACCGUCUGGCCCGCUACUACAAGACUAAGAGCGUCCUGCCGCCCAACUGGAAAUACGAGUCGAGCACCGCCUCCGCCUUGGUCGCCUAAGACGUCCUCGAUUCGUAACAGCUUUCCGCGUUCGUUAGUUGGUAGUUGUGUUUUGAAAUCUUGUGGGCCCUACAUUUCUGACAAUGUAAACCAAUAAACCCAACAGAAAUAAAACUGGAAAUCGGAACUAUUUUAUAGAAUCUAAA